GAUCAAAGCUUUCUCUGAGAGGAGAUAAGAAUGUGUUUGGUUUGAGUGAAAGAAGGAGAAGAGGGGUUCUGUUUUCGUUGUGGGUUGCUUGUUUCUUGUUCUGACUAACUGAAACCAUUCUUCUUUCUUCCGAAAACGAUAACAGCUGAAACGACCAGAGAAACCAUGCCCGUUCAUCCUUCUCUAACUGGUACCGAAAAGAAGCACUGGUGGCUUAGCAACAGAAAGCUCGUGGAUAAGUACAUUAAAGACGCGAGGACUCUUAUCGCUACCCAGGAGCAAAACGACAUCGUAUCUGCACUCAAUCUCCUCGACGCGGCUCUCGCUCUUUCGCCUCGCUACGAGGUUGCUCUAGAACUUAAAGCGAGAUCUCUGCUAUGUCUCCGGCGAUUCAGAGACGUCGCUGAUAUGCUGCAGGACUACAUUCCUAGCCUUAAGCUCGCCAGCGAGGACUCUGGUUCGGCCUCCGCCGAUAACUCGUCGACGCAGCUGUCGCGAGAGCGAGUCAAACUUCUCUCUUCUAACAACUCGUCGUCCGACUCAUGGGAUCGCGAUCCGUCGUUCAAAUGCUUCUCUGUGUCGGACUUGAAGAAGAAAGUGAUGGCGGGGCUGUGUAGAAAUUGCGAGAAAGAAGGGCAAUGGAGGUACUUGGUGCUGGGACAAGGAUGUUUCCAUCUUGGGUUAAUGGAGGAUGCCAUGGUGCUUCUGCAGACAGGCAAGCGCCUGGCCACCGCCGCGUUCCGCCGGGAGAGCAUUUGCUGGUCGGAUGACAGCUUCUCCCUUGCCAACUUCCCACUUGCCUCUGACAUUUCAGCCGCCGGCGUCACUGCCUCCAAUCAGUCACCGGCAAAUGCUAUCGUCAUCCCUUCCCGGUCCGUGACCGAACUGGAGAGCGUCUCUCAGUUACUCGCCCAUAUCAAACUUCUCCUUCGCCGCCGCGCUGCCGCUUUGGCUGCGCUGGACGCCGGCCUUUACUCCGAGGCCAUCCGGCACUUUUCCAAGAUAGUUGACGGGAGGCGCGGCGCUCCGCAGGGUUUUCUGGCAGAGUGCUAUAUGCACAGAGCCUCGGCGUACCGGUCCGCCGGCCGGAUUGCGGAGGCCAUCGCCGAUUGCAACAGGACGUUGGCUCUUGAGCCAUCUUGCAUCCAGGCUCUGGACACAAGAGCCUCCCUUCUAGAGACCGUACGUUGCCUCCCUGAUUGCCUCCAUGACCUCGAGCACCUCAAGCUCCUCUACAAUGCCAUUUUGCGGGACAGGAAGCUCCCUGGUCCGGCAUGGAAGAGACACAACGUUAGGUACCGGGAGAUUCCUGGGAAACUAUGUGCAUUGACCACCAAGAUUCAACAACUGAAGCAGAGGGUUGCUUCGGGUGAAACAGCCAAUGUGGAUUACUACGCUUUGAUCGGACUCCGACGUGGGUGUUCCCGAUCGGAGCUCGAGAGAGCUCAUCUGCUGCUCUGUUUAAAACACAAGCCUGACAAAUCCACUAGUUUCAUCGAUCGGUGCGAUUUUGCCGAUGACCGUGAUCUCGAUUCCAUCAAGGACAGAGCGAAAAUGUCUGCUCUGUUACUUUACAGACUGAUCCAAAAGGGUUAUUCCAGCGUCAUGACUAAUAUCAUGGAGGAGGAAGCCGCGGAGAAACACAGGAAGAAAGCGGCAGCAGCUCUGCAAGCCGCCCAAGCCGCAAUCCAAGUCCAACAAUCUCAAACCAACCAUGAACCAAAUCAACCUCCGAAGACAACAUCCGAUAAAAAACAACCUACAACUCCUCCAGCCAACGUCUUCCAAGGCGUGUUUUGCCGGGACCUCGCCGCCGUCGGAAACCUUCUCUCCCAAGUUGGAUUCAACCGUCCACUUCCAGUCAAAUACGAGGCACUAAGCUGCUAGAUUCUUGCUCAAUCGAGUGAAGAAGCAUCAAGUAAGAUAAUUACCGACGGGGAAAUCUCUUCUCUGUACAAAAAACGAAUAUGUAAUUUGCCCCUCGCCGGAAAAUUUUGUCAUCCUCUACCCUUCCUCCUCAAUUUGUCUCAUCUUAAUCUUGAAUUAUCUACUACAUGUACAGAAUUUUCUUCAGUA